ACGGCUUGCGUAGGCGUUUGCCUGAGAGCUACAGAUCCCAAGACCAUAAAGACAGAUCUGAGGAACAUGGAAGCUGCUGAGAAGCCGGAGAAGACCGGAUGCCCAGCUCAAGACCCUUCCAUGUCUUGGAGAAACAAGAGGAAGGGUAAAGGGUACCUGCCCGCAAAGUCUGUGAGAAUCCUCCGCCACUGGCUCUAUGAUCACAGGUUUGAUGCACAUCCCUCAGAAGCCGAGAAACAAAUGCUGUCGGGGCAAACCAAUUUGUCUUUACAACAGAUCUCAAACUGGUUUAUUAAUGCUCGCAGACGCAUUCUUCCGAAAAUGCUCGUAGUGGAGGGAAACGAUCCCAAAUGCCAAACAGGCAAGGCCACCGAUAUAGUGUAUCAGCUGAGCACUGAUCCACUCGUGCAAGCCACGUUGGGGCCCCAAAAUCCAAACAAGAUACAAGACCUAUCUCUGAGCUCCUUGCCAGAGGGCCAGGAAUCGGAAGCGAAGCUACCGAAUCCAGAGUUGGCUCCACGCAGGAGGUUCACCCUGGAAGUCCCUGCGGAGAAAAAGUUCGAGAUUUCCACCAGUGAGUCUUUGUCUUCUCCAGAACUGAUGCCACCAGAGGAGUACGAGGACUUCAGCAGCUUCCUGAUCCUGGUUGAUGUAGCCGUGCGGAAGGCUGCUGAACUGGAGCUACAGAAAGCGCAAAACAAUAAUCCAUAAUUGUCCAUGUCCUGGAAAAAUCUAAGUAUCGUUCCUUCGUCUGUCUGUGUGGUAGGCACUUUUUUGUGUGCGCCGCCACUGUUUUGUGUGUCUACCUUUUACAGAGAUAUCUUCCAGGGGGUCUGUGAGAACUGUUGCUAACUAUUGAGACUCUAUUAGAUGUUUCAUUCUUUCCAGAUAGAAGACACUAACCAUCGUGAUUAACACUGUAGCGAAGAUCUUUAUUUGUUCUCCUUCCUCCUAGGUUUAAAUUCUUCAGUCAGGCUAAUACUCUGAAAUUAGACACCAUGCUGAGACUGGAGAAAAUAAUGGUUUUUGUUUGUUUGUUUGUUUGUUUGGCUUACCUGGCCAAAUUUCUUUGUGCCUGUGCCGGCAGUAUUACAGAUACCAAAUGAGUCAUCUUUUCUCUCUCUCCCUGUAAGUUUCCUUAUUAGCAUCAAUGAUGGCAAGGAAAGGCGCUAUAAAAGACAGGUGUUACCAGCACUGGCCUCAUUUUAAAGUUUGAGUUUUUGUAAAAUUUCAAUUGUGUUGCUCUUUUUACAGUUUGACUGUUUUAAGGAGUAGUUAAUCUCUGCAGGGGACUACACAUGACAGCCAAAGUAUAGUGAAUUCACCCACAUUUGUCACAUAGGCUGAACUUUUUUUGAGUGAACCAGUGAGAAGUUUUCAGUAAAGAAAAAAACAUUCCAAAAGGUAUUUUUCUGCUGUUGGUUGUUGCUUACUUGGUUUAGAGAAUACUUUUCGUUGGUUUGGUUUUAAUCAUCUACAUCAGAUGAAGAAGAUAAUCAUAAUAAAAUCUAAAAAGCAGAAAACUGACAAAAUUCCCUGAAGAAACCAGAGGGAGAUAAUUUGAAAAGAAAAAAAAAAAAAAGGAAUGAAUCUAUAACAUGUUAGCAAAAAAGAAAGUAAACUCGUUUUGUUUUGACCUUUCUAAUACAUUUUCUUUUUUCUUUUAAAACGUUUAGAUUCAUAGGAGCGGAGCUGGGAAUGCGGAAAGCUACGGGAAGCUCCCACGUGAAAAUAAUCUUGUCUUAUAAAGGCAACUUUUCCUACAGCCUCAGCACAGGAGUAUUUUCAAUGGGAACAGAUAGAUAUUUCUCCAGAAAGCUGUAAUUUAGCUUUCUGAUUUUAGAGAGUUAAAACCUGAGGAAUAUGUAGCUUGUAAUUAAACCAGACUCUUAGCCUCAUUUCAUCCUCCUGCCUUCAAAUGAAAUAGGUUGUGUUUGAUCUCUACUUCUAGGCCCAAUCUUUUUUUUUUUUUUUUACAUUGCUAUCUACUGACUGACACUUCUCAAUCCAAGAUACCAUAUCUUCUUUAAGCAUUUCAGAGCAAUAGUCAGGUUAUUGCUCUGUAUAAGUUUUCAUGUAACCAGGAAGGAAACGAGGUCCACCAUACCAAACUGCUAUUCGUGAGAGAGACUAAAGUGAAAAUGAGUUCAGGUUUUUAAGGUAGGUGCGGAUUAGGGAGGAUUUAGAAGCUAAAAAGACAGUAGCAUUCAUUGUAACCUUACUGAUGUGGGCCCCUUAAAGACUCAAGGAAACUAUUUUUUACAAACUAUUUCUUACAUAGCCUAGAUAAGGCCUUUUUUUUUUUUUUUUUUUGCAUAUGGGAGCAUUGGAGGCUCUUUUUUAAGGAAAUGAAGGUUGCCGGACUCUUAUUAUUUUCUGUGAUUCCUAUAUCUGACAAGUGUUGGGAGCAGGCUUUUCUCUAGUUCAGUUGAAAAUGCAAUGUUAGUACUGGAGUCUGAAAAACGAAGUUGCUUCUUAUUCACCCUCUUCUAAAUUGUCUCUGUAGGCUGAGUCCAAGUUGGGUUAUUAUAAAGAUUAUUGUAGAACCUGUUCUGAGGAUAACGUGUGGGGAUGACUGUGGGUUUUCUCCAUUUCCAUCAUGUACUGUUUAAUGGUGUAUUGUGGGAUGUAGCUGUGUUCUACUUUUAACUGCAUUAUGUGCAAAUGUAGUGGAUAUAGCAAUUUGGUUUUCCUGCACUACAAACAUGGAGAAGAAGCAGGUUUUAGUUAAAUUAAGACUGUAUGUGAAAGAACUUUUAUUGUGGUCAUUUUUGUCAAAUGUUUUCCUUUUAUUUUUAUAUAAAAAGAUAACUUGUGUUUAUCAUUCCUACAGGCUUUCACCACUAUGAAUUUGCAACUUUACUAUGCCUGUUCUUUUCUGGGAGAAAAGCUUAGAAAUCUUUAGUCUACUUCACUCAGUGGAGAGAAAUGGGGACAAUUUUCUAAGAAAACUACAUUUUAGCAACCUAACAACCAAUUAUGUUUUGGGUUGAAGAACUACCUAAAGCCUGACAAAGAGUAUAUGGUCUUGUAGAAGUGGAAAGGUUAAGAUAGCAUGAGAAAACAACUUGGCAGGGUUAUUUUAUUGAGAAAGGUACAUUUCUGUUGAUGUCUUUGGAAUGAGGGAAGUAUAACGUACAGAGAUUUAGGAUGAAUGAGAAAUUCAUGAGAUGACUCUAACAAAGAAUAAGUCAUUAUUAGUUAUGAAUGAAGUUGCCCGGUUCAGUGAUUUCUCUCUCUGAAGUGGUAUGGCACUGGGACACAUCAAUAUAUGCCCUAAGAAUUGCUUAUUAAAAUUAUGUUUAGAGAUAUCAUAUCUAUGUGUUAAUCCUCAAGAAUAGUAGCACAUUUAUAAACAAUUUAGUUGUAAAGAAUAAGCACUCUUGUGCUUUUUCAUAUAUCUCGAGAGUAUAGCUUGGAAUAUCAGGAAUUUAUUUAUGAGGCCUAGAAUACCUUGUACAUUUCUUAUAACAUGCUAUAAUAUAUAUAUUCCAUCUUUGGAAGGACAACAUGGGGCUUGGAGUCUCCUGGAUAUUUUAUUCAAUGAAGACUAAUAUAAAGAAUAUACUAUUUAAUCUAUCUACUAGUCUCAUCAGCCAGCAAGGGCACACUUCGUGUACCAUGAAAAAGUCAUUCCAGUAAGUUUCCUUUAGAUACUUAAGGUAUCUGUUUUUGAUUUUCAAUUAUUUCCCAACUCUCUUAUCUAUAAUAUAGCAAGGAUUUAGACAAUUUUAUUACUAUUCAUUUUGAAAAAUUUUUUUUGUUACAUGUUCAUUGCUAAAAAAUCUGAGACCUUUUGUCUUUCUUUGUUCAUUAUGGUAUAAUAAGGACAGUCAGAGCGAGGUAACAUGUAGUUCAUCAGCAUUUCCCAGAUUAUUAGAGUUCAUAUCCUUUGAAGCAGGUAAAAAUGUAAACUGAAGGUAGAUUAAAGAAUGUGAUUUUUCACAUAAAAAGAAAUACAAUUAGGGCCAGCAUUGUGGCACAGAGGAUUAAGCCACCACAUGCAACACUGGCAUCCCAUGUGAGCACCAGCCAGUUACAGUCCUAGCUGUUCUGCUUCCCAACCAGCUUCUUGCUAAUGCACCUGAAAAAGCAGAGGAAGAUGUCCCAAGUCCUUGGAUCCCUGUCACCCACAUAAGUGACCCAGGUAUAGUUUCAGGCUCCUGACUUUGGCCUGGUCCAGCCCUGGCCAUUGCAGCCAUUUGAGGAGUCAGCCAGUGGACUGAAGAUCCCUGUUUCUCUCCCUCUCUCUGUGUCACUCUGCCUUUCAGAUAAAUAAGUCUUUAGAAAAGAAGAAAGGGAAUACCAUUGUAUUUGAUCAUUUAAGUAAUUAUAAAAGAUUGUGUUUUUGGAACCUCAUGAUACGGUACACAUUGAAAUGUGUAAGACUUAAAAAAAUAUCAAAAUAACUAAGCCAAAGUAAAUUUCAAAGAAAAGGUAAAAUUCACUGGAAUAAAUCACUAAAGAUAAAAUCCACAAGGUGAAACAAGGCCUUUUAUGGUAUGGUUUUGCUACCACUUGAAUUGGGAUGAUGCCAGGCUGGAUAGGCCAUAAAUCCAAUCAAAGUGACUUAAUGCUUCCAAUAAAACACAAAUUGGAAAUAUUAUAAAUGUUUUAGAAUAUCUCCCCAAUUUGGACCAAUUUUUACAUUUUCAUUAAGUUUUUGUUUUAGCAAUUUUUACUAGCUCAGUGAUAAUUGUCUUAUGUGGGCCUUUAAAUUUUUCAGUUCUAAAAGAUAAUAAUAGGUGGCCAUUGUUUUCCUACCAGAUAUUGUAUAUAUUACAGCUACAAUUCCUUAUUAUACUAAUGGUUAACAAAAUUUGUUUUUAUAGGAUAAUUGUUACAUAACAGGUCUUUUAUAUGAAAAUCCUGACCCAAGAUUAAUGAAUGCUUUGGUUUGCUAUAUAACAUUAAAAAUUGCUAUUUAUUAUUGUUAUUACAAUCCCUUUGAAAUGCUGAAAUUCCUUCCUUACUAUAAUAAAGAUAGCUUUAAAAUCUUGAAAUUCUUAGCUUUUGAAGAGAUACUGUACAGUUUGACUCAAACUAUUGAAAUCAGUAAUAAUUUCUAUAGGUGAUAACAAAAAACCCUGCUCUUGGUGCAUGCUAUGGCAAACUAAAUAUAAAGUACUUAUAUGAACAUUAAUUGCUAACUCCAUAACAUAAAUUUCGAAGGUUUUGCUCUUAAAAAUAUAUCCCCAGUUACCUAAAUUUUUACCAGCUAAUCGUUGUUUUGUACAAUAUGCAUAUAAAAAGUGAAGAAUACUAAUAAGAAUGUAACAGUUCAGCAAAUUUUUUAUUAAAUUGGAAUAGCAAUGCUCAACUAUAAAGUAUGCUGUUAAUAGAAAUAUCUAAGAUGGUGAUAGAAAUUCUUUGACAUCCUCCUCUUUGCCUGGUACAUGUCAAGUAAAAUCUGUUACACGAAGCAAUAGUCAUGUGUUUGAUGCCAAGUGUGUGUGUGUGAGGAUACAACAAUACAAAAAAAAAAUAGAAAAAUACAACGAGAACAAGCUUUACGACUAAGUCAGGGCACUUUAUCAAUAAAAUCUACACUGUGAAAACAGCACAGUUUAUAAAAUACCCAUGAGAUUUUUGCUUGUAAAAAUAUUACAAAAGAAUUUUAAGUAAAAUCCUUUUAAUGAUCGAGCCAAAUAUAUCUGGAUUUUGUGGUACCAAGAGACUGUAAAGUUAGCUAUUAUGGGUAUACAUGAUCUCAGAACAUAAUAUAAAAGUUAUUUUUCCUGAUAAAAUAUUGUAUGAUUUUGAAAGUACCUGGAAGGAAAAGACUAGGAUUUUAUUAGGUCAAGUGAUAAAUUGGCUAGAUACUAGAUAGGUAGUUCCCUUAAAUAUGAACUGUAACAUAGACAAAUUUUAAAUGCAUUAAAUCAAUGACUAUAUAUGAUAAUUUAGGGAGAUGGUAUAGCUUUCCAGGAAAAUUGCAUACUUUUCCAGGAAAAUUACUAUAAAAUCUAAUGACCUAUUUUAAGUGCCUCUGAUGAGUCUUGCUUACGUUUCAGACCUUGCUCUAAUCAUCUCCAGAGUCAGAUGCGGUUAAUCCUUCUCUGCCACCCCAACAUUAAAAGAAUAGAGGUAGAAUUCUUAAUCAUACCGAUAAUGAAAUAGGUUAUCUACAAAUCUCAGCUGCUUUCAGUUAACAGACCUGAGACUCUGCCCAGUGACUCUCCCUCGGAUACAAUGCUAUUCUGGUCUUUAGUAAGUCAUUUGGGAUGGUAGAACAAAAUAUUUUUGCCAUAAAAUGAAAGCCUUAUUGAUUUAUCUGUAAAUGGUAACAACAACAGAGCUUCAUUGUUAAGGGUAAAGUCUUGUGAACGUCUAGCCUGCGUGUUUCAAUAUGGAGCAUGUGCAGCGUUGAAUGUAUUACCCAUCACAACAGUUUCCCCGACUGGAUAAAUUAUAUUCCUCAGUUGGGUAGUACCAAGGUAAUUCUGUUGCCAUAUGUUGUGCCAGAGAGGUACUGUUGUGAUAGGGUGCAUUUUCAAUGAUGUGUGUCUGUGUGAUGCCCAUUUUCUUCCUCCUCUACAGAAAUGCCAGCCCUACAAAGUUUGAGGUAUUUCAAGAUAAAACCCUGCCAGAGGUAGAAAUUCCAAUGCACAUAAAACUAGUGUUUCAAGUCAGAGCAGGUUCCCCUUGCCAUUAUUAGAAAUCCUCAGGCCGGCGCCGUGGCUCACGAGACUAAUCUUCUGCCUGUGGCGCCAGCACCCUGGGUUCUAGUCCCAGUUGCUCCUCUUCCAGUCCAGCUUUCUGCUGUGGCCCGGGAAGGCAGUGGAGGAUGGCCCAAGUGCUUGGUUCCCUGCACCCGCAUGGGAGACUGGGAGGAAGCACCUGGCUCCUAGCUUCAGAUCGGCACAGUGCGUUGGCCAUAGCGGCCAUUUCGGGGGUGAACUAACAGAAAAAGGAAGACCUUUCUCUCUGUCUCUCUCUCACUGUCUAACUCUGCCUGUCAAAAAUUAAAAAAAAAAAAUCCUCAGAUUCUAUAAAUGUGCCUAAAUCAUUAUAACCAACCAUGCACGGGUUUGUAGUAGUAGAGAUUUUGCUUUAUAAAACCAGACUCAAGAAGAAUAAAGAGAUUUUAAGUGU